UGGGUCUGCUUACGGACGCGUAAAAGCGAUGAAUACACCCGUUCAGUAUAAAGGAGGUCACUUCAGACAGACAAUAGUGGUUUAGUGACGUGUGGGGAGUUGUCCUUGGGCACAGGAUCUCGUAAACUCAAUGGUAGUUCAACUGCAGUGGAUGUUACAUGUACAUGUAUAUUGUUUUGAAUAACUAUAUCCAGUGUACCACAUCUUCUGUACAUGUACAUACCAACUCACCGGAAAAAGUGGGCUUGUCAACGUACGGGUCAGUUCUACCGCACUGGGGAGCGUGGUUUUAGAGACACCGUACUGCACUGCAUGGUGUAGACUGACAGGAGUGUCACGUCGGGUUCAUCGGUCAGCUGCUACAUGUAGUUCGUUCUACGUAGCUCUGGGUAUGGUUCUGAACUCUAGGGAUUCUGCACAAAUCCACUAUAGCCUUUACCUGAAGAACAUUGUACUGCGCUCCACAAGGUGGAGUUAGAUCUUCUGAUUUGCUGCAGAUACUGCACCUUGUUCCACUUCCACUGGGAGUUUCUCUAUAAAAGGCAUUGGUUGGGAACAGGGCUCUACACUCCAUGUUCUGGUGCUGUGUUUGAGGAUGGCGAGUUUGCUUCGUACACUUGUUACUGUGCUUCCGUUCAUCGCCGUGGCUCGUGGAGCAUGUUCCAAUGACUGGUGCUUGAACGGCGGAGCGUGCCAAGACGCCCCUCCUGGCUGUAUAUGUCCUGAAGGCUUUGUAGGUUUCUACUGUGAAAUAGAAGUGACGGGAGAGGAGGUCUGUGAACCGCCGCUCUGCAUGAACGGUGGAAGAUGCAUUGCGGACCUACCCACGUGUGAAUGCAACGACGGGUACAGUGGCUUCCUCUGUGAAGUAGAAAAUUGCCAAACGAAUGCUGACUGUAAUGGAGGUAUGUGCCGAAAUGGUACGGGAGAGGAAAUAAAUGAAUGCGCGAAUUGCCCGGCUGGGAUGUCUGGUCCGCACUGCGAUACCCCUUUUGGAGAAUUAUGCGGAAGGGUGGAUGGAAUAUGCUUGAAUGAUGCCGCUUGUGUGCCACGGCCAACUGGGUCAGGCUUUACGUGUAUGUGUCCGGAAAAUUAUGUAGGACCAGUCUGCGAAAUCUACAGUAUUUGUUCCGGGAUAAAUCCUUGUCGCAACGGUGGCACCUGUGUGAGCGGGAACUGUCAAUGCGUCAACCCUUUCUCUGGCAUUUUGUGCGAAAGAAGUUGUACAAAUGACGACCAGUGUAUGAAUGAGGGAACCUGCACACUCUCUGGUGUCUGCGAGUGCUUGGACGGAUUCAGAGGAUCACGAUGUGGUGUCGCUGAGUGUUCGGACACGAAUCCUUGCUUGAACCAAGGCACCUGCAUGGACGGUUCCUGUACUUGCUCGGCCCCAUUCUUUGGAAAUUUGUGUGAAAAGAGUUGUAGAGGUAACGCCCAGUGUUUAAAUGGGGGAAUCUGCACGAACAAGAAGGUUUGUGAGUGCCCGGAAGGCUUCAGCGGGACGAGAUGUGCAAUAGUUGACUGUUCCAAUACGAAUCCUUGUUUAAACGGCGGCGCAUGUGAGAUGGAUGCCUGCAGUUGUGUGGCGCCGUACACAGGAAAUCUGUGCCAAAGAGGUUGUUCAAGUAGCAGCCAGUGUUUAAAUGGAGGAACCUGCACAGAUAUGAUGGUUUGUAUGUGCGCAGAAGGAUUCGGUGGGCCGAGGUGUGGAGCAGAAGCUGCAGAGAUGUGUAGGGGAGAUAACGAUUGUCUCCACUCCGGUCGUUGUAAUGAAAAUGGAGUUUGCGAGUGUGUUUCCAACUUCCAAGGGACUUUCUGUGAAAUAGCCUGCACGGUUGAUAGCCAGUGUAUGAAUGGUGGACGGUGUGGUACAUCUGGCGUAUGCGAUUGCGUUGCUGGCUUCAUGGGAGCGAGGUGUCAGGAUGCGGCAACCAACAUCACUGUCAUAGUCAUUGUCGUCGUUCUCGUCGUGAUUAUCCUCCUGCUCGUGGUCAUCGUAGCUCUCCUGCUGCUGAGGCGGCGCCUGGCCAUGAAGAGACGCCGGAAAUCAGGAGUGGGCGGAGAACUAGAGCUGGGCAACCGCAAUGUGAGAAGAAGUAAUGACUACAUUGGAGUAGACAAUGGAAAAGAGCCUCCGGUAGCCAGACGGCCCAACAGUAUGACUUACGAACCCGAUGGUAAACCUAAGGAGUUCCCGAGGGAGAGACUCCACGUGAUGGAACAGCUGGGAGCUGGCUCGUUCGCGACAGUUCACAGAGCCGAAGCGGACGGCAUCGUCAAAAAGGGAGUCAUGACCACGGUCGCUGUGAAGAUGCUGAAAACCACGGCGACAGAAGGAGACAAGAGAGACUUCGAGAAAGAGCGGAGCAUGUAUCUGAACCUGGGCACCCACCCCAAUGUCGUCACAAUGCUGGGCUUCUGCACCGAAAAAGAACCUUUCUUCCUAAUCAUGGAAUACCUCCCGAACGGGAACCUGCAGACCUACCUGCGACACAUACGGACUGGGGCCAAGGAGCAGUACUUCUCGCUAAAGGAGAUCCGGGAGGAGAAGAGGAACUAUCUCCUACCCGCUGAGAUCUUGUCGUUUGCCAUGCAGAUUGCCAGCGGGAUGGAGUUUCUGGCUUCUAAAUCGUGUAUUCAUCGUGAUUUGGCCACGCGCAACAUUCUCCUCGGCGAGGACCUGGUUGCCAAAGUGUCUGAUUUCGGACUGGCCCGGGACGUGCAGGACUCCAGCUCGUACGAGAUGAAGUCUCACGGGCGGGUACCCGUCCGUUGGAUGGCGCCCGAGUCGCUGCUAGACAACAUCUACACUACGAAGAGCGACGUGUGGGGGUUCGCUGUCAUGCUAUGGGAACUCGUGACUCUGGGUUCACAUCCCUACCCGGGUAUGUCAUCCAAGCAGGUCAUUGACAAAAUCACCACCGGCUACAGGCUACCCAAGCCCGAGAGUUGCAGUGACGAAAUUUACGACAUGUUGAAACAAUGCUGGAACGACAAGCCAGAGGAUAGGCCAACAUUUACUGAAAUACGUAAACUACUGGACAACAUGUUGGCGGACGCUAGUGGAUACCUGGUCAUGGCAGACCUCAAUAGAGACGAUUACCUGUACCUAGAGCCUAACCAAACGAAGAGCGUGAACACAGCCGAUGACUUUUGAAUACCCAGGCCAAAUAAAAAGGGGGGCUACUAAAACGUUGGGGGAAAAGCGUUUGGUAUAUUUUUAUGCUAAGCAGAAAUCGCCGAACGCCUGGUCAUGUAUUUAGUACAGAAUACAGGAAUGACUUUGUACUGGCGAUAUGUUUUGUCUGAGCAGUGUUGAACACGCUAAGCAGAAUUUUGUAACUAGCAGCCCGUAUAAAACCCCUGUGCAGAAGUGGGAAUUGUUUUUAAUCACAGGGAAAAAGACGUAUAGGCCGGUUUGUUAGAUGACAAAAGCUAUCAAAGCAAGUACCAAUCAAAGUAGGCCUAUACAGGGAUCAGCGGAAAGUAAAAAAAAAAUGGAAUUUUACUUUUUUAUAAUUUGGCCUCGUUAGGAAGUAAACCUUGGUGCAGAAUGUUAGGAUUUGUUUUCCAUUUGUGUGCAUUAUAUUCCACAGCAUUGAUUAAUUUAUAUUGUCCAGGACGCGCUAGUCCAUAGGAGAGCAACCGUUUUCUUGGGCUUGAUAUUCCGGGCACAGACCAAUGGAACUUCAUGUCAGAGCAACAUUGAAGUGAAUUUUUACUUCAUAAUGUGAUUCCCCACCACCACUAUAGAAUGCUUUUACACUCUGAAGGCUUUUUGUACUUACGAUUAUGAAAAGUCAGCUCUUAAAGACCAUUAUCAUUGCUACUAUCGCACCGCAGCGUCUUUCCAUAUAGGUACCUUAAAAAAAACACACAGAAAUUCUGAAAUGCCAAAGUAAAAGUUGAACGAAACUCCUUGUAUUAUUCCCUCGUAUCAUGCCGGAAACCAGUCAGCUUUUCGAUUAGAGCUUUAUCUGGUACUUUAUGUGAUAUACCUAUUAAGCUACAACCUAAGUUCCAACACAUGAGCCUAGUUUGGGUUUUAAGUAUACAGUUUGUGAGUCUUUGGCUGUAAACCCUGGCUUACUUUAAUUUAGUUUUUCAUAGUUUUAAUGUUCAGCCGCUGGCUUGGAGGACUGGUUUGCGUUCAUUGCGAAUCCAAAGGCAGUGGCUGUCAACAGCCUUUGGUGAUGAGGAUACAAGGGGUCAUCAUCCUUCCACUGGACUUCACAGGAAGCAUUAAGCCAGUGCACAGCUUUCUGGUUAGCAUCUCUCCCGUGUAACCCACAUUAUUGACACGAGAAACGGUUAUGGACACGGUUGGUGAUAGGUUUGACUAUAUCGUGCAGUCAGUUUUUGUCUUUGUGUUUAUGAACCAACGAAAGCUUUGUGAAACGUCACGUUGCUUGUCUAAUCAGUGCCACGUGAAUACCGCUCCGAAUAAUCUAAUAAUACUAUUAUAUAAUUAUGCAUUGCUUUGCAUUUUACGCUUAUAAUCUGCUUGUUACGUGCCUGUGGAUACUGAGGGGGCAGAAAGACUUCAACUCAUUCGGUGGUACAUUUAUGAAAUCUUAAACCGUUUUUAUGAAUUACUUUAUUUUUUUGUAAAGUUGAAAUAUUACAGGCUUAUAAGAAAGAAUAUAUUUUGUACAUGUACGUGUUUUUAAGGUCUUGGAAAGUACUUUUUGAAGAUAAUUUUUGUUCUUCGCGACUUAUUCCCUUAUUAAUUAAUUAUGCGCUUUGCUUUGAUUGUGGGUUUAAUCUUGACACAGUGACUUUCAUUUUUACAAACUAUGAAAGCGUAUUACUUAGCAGUCGAAAUAUUAGAACAAUAACUUAUAGCGCUAGUGUCUAUACGUUUCAGUUUAAUUUGAAAUCUUUUAUACAAAAUUCUAUGUACAAGUUUGGUAGUUACAUUUUAUAGGACGUUAGUGAUUUCAAUAAGAUUAUUAUAACAAGCCUAACUGAACACUUAACAAGCUUUUAGGAGAAGCUGAUAGAUUUUAUUUCCGUUGUAUUUUUUAAAACGGAGAUUUCUUUUUGAUAGUGAAUAACAAUUAUGUCUGGGUUACAAACAGAGAGCACAAUUUAAAUUAAAACUUUUCCCCUAAAUGAUGAGGCACAGGU